AUGGAGACGUCCUACAGCACUCAGACUGGAGAGGCCAAGACCCUGGGAGUGGUGGACUUUGCUGUGUUUGGCUGCACACUCUCUGUCAUGUUAUUUAUUGGACUAUAUUUUGCAUUCAAAAACAAGAAGGAUCAAGAUCCAGCUGAAUAUCUGGUAGCAGGAAGAAGUAUGGGCGUACUUCCGGUGUCCUUGUCCCUGGCUGUGACGUUCCUCUCCUCCAUGACCUUGCUAGGACUUCCGGCUGAGAUCUACAACUACACCACGAUGUUCUGGUGGCUGGCCCUGGGGAUGGUGCUGGCAGUGGCGGGAGCAGCGCAUGUGUUCAACCCUGUGCUGUACAACAUUGGGAUCACCAGCGUGUACGAGAUAUUUUACAUGGGAACUGUGUUGUACGCACCUGCAUUAGCUCUGAAAGCAGUAACUGGCAUGGAGUUGUGGGUGUCGAUUGUCACGAUAGGGUGUUUGGUCACAGUGUAUACAACGUUGGGUGGUAUGAAAGCUGUUCUGUGGACUGACAGUUUCCAGGCUGGGUUGAUGGUAGUUGGUCUACUCUCUGUCGUCAUCCAAGGCUCUGUCGUCCUAGGAGGAUUUGACAGGGCGUGGCAAAUUGCAAGUACAAACUCCAGGAUCUAUUUUGAUAACUUCAGUGUCGAUCCUGGUACCCGAGUGUCAGUCUGGUCCGCUGUUGUUGGUGGGGGUAUCAUGUGGAUGUCCUUCUAUUCAGUCAACCAGUGUCAGGUACAACGACUCAUCGCCUGUCCAACACAAAAGAAAGCUCAGAUUGCGAUGUGGUGCAGCGGGGCCCAGCUGGUGCUCAUUGUCAGCCUGUGCUGCAUGGUCGGGGUAGUUCUGUUUGCCUUCUACAAGGACUGUGACCCCCUCCAGUACAACCUCGUCAGCACGACGGAUGAGUUACUGCCCCUGUUUGUGAUGGACAUCUUGGGGCACCUGCCAGGUCUGCCUGGACUCUUCCUGUCAUGUAUCUUCAGUGGCAGUCUCAGCACCCUCUCUUCCGGGAUGAAUGCCGUGUCCGCGGUGGUUCUACAGGACUACAUCCGACCUUUCUGCAGCUGUAACAUCAACAACUUCACAGCUUCUGUCAUCACCAAGGUUACAACUGUAACAUGUGGAGCUCUGUGCAUUGGGAUAGCGUUUCUUGCUUCAGGAAUAAAUAACUUGCUUGAGUUGUCCUACAUCACCAAUGUCAUUGAUGGACCAGCGUUCGGGGUCUUCAUACUUGGGAUGUUCUUCCCUUGUGCCAAUCACUGGGGCGCCCUGUGCGGCUACAUCUCGGGCAUCACCGUCAUGUUGUGGAUCGCAGUUGGGGCCUUCAUCCACGACAUCACCUCGCCACUGUCGCAGUUCUCUGUACAAGGCUGCAACUGGAACGCUACCAACUCCACCAUGCCCACGACACCAACACUGGUUGCCAACAAUACUGCCGAACAGUAG